CCCUAAUAUUAUCUGUGCUACAUGUCACUAGAAAAGCCAGUGGUAUACAGAUAGAAAGCAAUGGGUGAACAGGAUGUUUUAAUAACAUUAAGUUUUUAAUUGUCACUUAAAUAUUAUGUGAAAUGAUUCCUCAUUCGUUAUGUUGAAUUGAAAAACAGUAAGAGUAAUGCGUGGUUGUCAAUUUCGUCUUCAAACGACUUGUUCUUUCAGGGGUUUUGACACCUGGUUACAGGAGCUGACCAGCUUUGUUGUAUAGGACUGCAGCUAUAUUUUGUAUGGGAGCGGGAUGGUGUGUGGUGCGAGACGAUCUAGUCACACGGGAUGAAUGAGGAGGAGCUGCUGCGGAGAGCGGCAGAAGAGAGGGAACUCAUUGUCAGCCGCUAUAGUCGUGGCAGAGAAGAGGGAGCUCAGAUUGAUCCCUGGGAGGAUCCAGGGUUUGAAAUUUACCAUACCACUGACCGCUAUGGUUUCAUACAUGACAGGCGGCUGCCAAAAAGGGCAGACCCACAUGAAGUGCGUCAGUGUCAGGUGGAGAUGGAGAGGGUUAAGAAGUGGCUCAAAAUGCUUAGGAGCUGGGAUAGAAUGUCCAUGACAGAGAAACUACGUCGUCGGAUUUACAAAGGGAUUCCAAAUUCACUGCGUGGACAAGAAAUGCGCCAGCUGGCCUGGCGCUGGUCUCCAGAUAUUCGCCAGAUAGACCUUGAUGUGAACCGAACUUAUCGUGACCACAUUAUGUUUCGUGAACGUUAUGGACUCAAGCAGCAGGCACUUUUCAAUGUUCUUGGAGCAUACAGUGUGUACAAUCUAGAAAUAGGCUACUGUCAAGGCAUGUCUCAAAUUGCAGCCCUUCUCCUCAUGUAUCUUAAUGAAGAAGAUGCUUUCUGGGCUCUAUCUGUGCUUGUCUCUGACAAAAAGUAUUGUAUGCAUGGAUUCUUCAUUCCUGGAUUCCCCAAGCUUCUUCGAUAUCAAGAACAUCAUGACAAAAUCAUGAACAAGUUCCUUCCAAAACUGAAGAAGCACUUGGACCGUAAUGGCGUUGACACGGGGAUCUAUACGUUGAAAUGGUUUUUCCAGUGCUUCUUGGACAGAAUACCUUUUACUUUAACGCUUCGUGUGUGGGAUGUGUAUUUGUUGGAUGGAGAGCGUGUUCUUACAGGAAUGGCUUACAGUUUGCUCAAGAUGCACCGACGCACCCUAUCACAUCUUGGUAUGGAUGAAAUUCUUCAGUAUUUGCAGGUACGUUUAGAACGCGAGUUUGGAUUUGAUGAUGAUACAGCGAUGACAAACUUAGAAAAAGCUCUUGAUGAAUUGAAACGUGCCAAACUAGAUUAUCCAGGCCCUCCCCCGCAGCACGAGUUGCCACGACGUCCAUUUGGUCUUUUUACCGAGCCAACAUUCGAACAUAAAGUAGGACGACGCAGCAGUGAGUUUACUGCCGCAGAAAGGACAACAAGAGAGAGUGUGUUGCUGAGGAGGGAUGCUGCUGUCACAGAACUAUCUGCGCCUACAACAGGCAGCAAUGGUCACCAGAGGGACUCCAAGAUAUCUGUCGAAGGAGGGGGAUUAGGUGAUACGACUAAUUUACAUGCUGAGAAGGAUUAUGCCACAUGUAACACACAAAAGGGUUCCAAAUUCUCAUUUGACCCAAGUAUAGAUGAUGCAAGUUCCUUGUUGGACUGUCAUCAUAGCAGCUCCAGAAGAUCUUUAGCAGAUACCAGUGUCACCUCUACUGCUGACCUGUCAGUAUUCUCUACAACUACUCGCUCACAGGCUCUUGACAAUAGCUUGGACACUCAUAGUAAUGCGUCAGAUGGCAGUGGAGGUGCCGCUAGUUCUGGUGGGUCUGGGGUCGGACAUUCUGGCAGCAUACAGCGAGGUCCGUCAGCUCACUCCACUCCGCGCACUACUCCCCAUGCUCCCAGUCCAGACAUCGUAAGGAUAUAUGUACCAUAUGCAUCAUCAUCCCCCACUCCAUCUCCUUCGCCGCAGAAUGGCGAUGUUCCUCGAUCUUUGCCCCGUCCUCUUCCUGAUCACAACAAGAUCCGGAUCCACAUAGACACUCAGGAGGAGCAGACCCCAGUUGUCGAACAUGGACAACUUAUUAGACCCUUCCAUAUUGACAGUCCAGAAAUAGAUUUGAAAUAAGAAUUAUAUGCAGUGUGCAGUGGUGGUAUUUUGUCUCAACGUAAGGGAAUGUGGGCAGUAAAACUGGCUUCUUCCCUUGUGCGACUUAAAGUAGGAAUUUUACGGGCAGAUUUGUAAUCAGAUCUUGCAUUCCCAGAGGCCUACAUUAGGGCAAUAAAAUUUUGCCAAACUUUUUCUAUUGGAAGCCUAUAAGUAUCUACGACUUGAGUGGCUUCUGUGAAUUGAAUUUAUUUGUUACUAUGCACUAAUUAAUGUUACUCACAAUGUAAGGUAUAUUUGUGUGUGUGAGUGUGUGCAGAUGUGUGUUUGAAAGCAAGAAAAAUAUUACUAAAUGGACUUCGUAGUAAUAUUUAGCCUUUUGUUCUAAAAAAUCUUCCAUUCCAUAUUCAUUGUGCUUUCAUUCCAUGUUGACUCGGAUAGUCUCACAAUGUGUCUUGUGUUUUUCAUUUACUCAGAGGUCACGCAAUAUACAUGUUUCUUUAUUUUUUUCAAAACAUAUGUUUGUAAUAAAAUACAUUAUUCUACUUCCAAAUAGUUAACAUAUUGUCUAGAAUUUUAAUGAACUGUUAGGAGACUGCUUUCCAAAUGAUUGUAUACUUAAUAAUACCUGCCAUAUUUCCAAAGAGUUAUUUUGUGCCUUGGUUAAAUGUGUAUCGUACAUAGGCUAUAUUAACAGAUACUUUUUCACAGUUAUAAUGAAGUUACAGAUUUACUUUUGUUGCCUAUUUACUGUUUUAUAAUUGAACAGUAAGAAUCAAUAGUUGUGUAGAUGGAAGAUUGCAUAUAACAUUGAUGCAGUUAGAAAGUAAAUGAAAAUUGAUACUUCAUUUGGCUGUUUUCAACAGUGUUGAAUCCUGUAAAUAAAUAAUGCAUUUAGGAUUGGGUGGUGAAGGGACAUAGUCAUUUAUUUACAUCAGUGGUUCUUAUACUGUGUCCUGCAGAGCAAUUGGCUCCUGUGAAAGAGUCCAUAUGGUUUUGGAUGAAAAUGCUAAGUUCUUAAUUUACUAACUUCAAGAUCCAAAUUGGGAAGAAUAUGUUUAAGUUGUAUAAUGUAUGUGGUUCACAAAACAUGUGUGAGUUUGUUUUAUUCAUCAGAAAUAUUGCAGUGAAACGCAGAAGUCACUGUAUUAGUGUUUUGUUGUUGGAGAUAAAACUGAAACACUGGUAAUGAUAUAAGAUAAAGUUGUAAAAAUUAUAUAUUGAGUUAAGUCACAUCCUAAAAUUAACUUUAUAAUUCACUGCAGUGAAAUGUAUUGUCUUACAGUACCUUCAACAAAAGGGCUGUCUCGAAAUCUGUGAUUCAUAUAUUUAAACUUAGAGGGCAGUAAUUUUUGCAAAUGUUGGUACUUCUGUAUUAACAGAGUUCUGCUGUGGUAAUGAAAAAUUGCAGAACUAUAAAGUAAAUUAAUUCCACAGUUUUUCAGAGAUAAUACUUCAUUCUGUAAGAGUCAUGGAAGUGGCUUAAUAUGCAUACAGUUACAUUUUAAGUUGUGUCCUAGAUCAGUUCUUUGCUUUGUACAUUUCAUUUAGACCAUAAUGGAAUAGGUUAUAUUUUGUAACUGUAUGAAAUGAAAGUUAAUUUAGAAUUAUACAAGGAUUGCCUCCUGAUUAUUUUUAUGAUUUCUGUUCAUGAUAUUUUAUAAUGUAUUUGUUAACUCAGCAAGACAUUUUGCAGUUUUCACAUAACACUCUUCUUUACCUUGAAUUCUUUGCUGCCAAUUUGAGUCCUAUCAUCAUGAAAGCAGAGGUGAUUCUGCAUUCUAAGCAGAUGGAAGUCAGACAGCAAUAACUUGACUCUGUAGAAGCAUCGUUACUUCUAUAAUGCAGUAAAUAUGAAGAAUAUUAAAUAUAUAAAAAUACGCAUCAGUAAAGGAAGUGAAGCUAAUAAUGUGUAAAAUAUUGUUAACCAUUGUAGGUUCAGUAUAAUUUUGGUUUCUGUGUUGAAUGUUGAGUAUUAACUGAAGUUUUGGCACCUCCUUUCAUCAACCACAUGUUCCUUUUCCUAUUGGAUAGAGGUUUACAUCUUUGCUCCACCAAUCAGCAUCAUCAAAUCAAACUCGCCACCCACUGUCUACCAUAUAUAAGGCUUCCAGAACUUGCCCCACUGCACACUCACUCUGAAAAUAGCAACUAUAACGUUCAGUGAAACAUUGGUUAAUACUCAAUAUUUGAUGUGGCUCACACCCAAAAUCUGAAGUUAUAAAUUGAACUACAGCCAUGAAAGCCUAAAGACAAGAACUGUAGGCUUAUUUUACAGUAUUACAUUUUUGUGGCAAUACAUGUUUGCUUUAAAGUUCAUGUGUGAGCUUUUAUAGUGUGUUGCAGAAAAAUUAAAUUUAAAAAUUAUAGUAAAAAAUUUGUGUGUGAGGCUGAGGAGUUUUUAUGAUUCUGACUAGAUUUAUGUAGCUUAAAAACCCAUUCAAAACUCCUGAAAUUGUCAUAUUUAAGUUUGAAUAUAUUACUUUUGAGGCAGCCCUUUAUGAACUUCUGAGAUGAAUACGUAUCUUAAUGACAGCUGAGACAGAAUAAUGAAUUGGUCUCAAAAGUUUUGUGACUUUUUGGUUAAUUACAUCGCAGGUUUGUUUGACAUUGUCCAUUGUGUGGCAUACAGUGAGUGGUACUUACAGUAUUUCAGGAGUUGGUUCUACUCUAAUCUUCUUGUGACAGGUUGUCAUUAUACUGCCAUAUUUGUAUUUUUUAUUUUAUUUUAGAGAUAGUGGCAACAGUUGGGGUUUAUUAGGCUCCCUUUAAAUACUAGGCUUCUGUGCUAACCACUGGUUAGUGUACAAGCCUUUCACCUGAAGACAGGAUUAGAGUCAACUCUCAUGUAUAUGAAAUAUGCCUCAGGUAAAAUAAUGAGGUCUCUUCAAAAUGUUUCCAGAUUUGUUUUCAGUUUUUAUGUGACUGAAUGAAAGAAAUUGUUGGCCUCAUGGUGACUUGAGGAGUUGUACUCAUUGAAACGUGUGCACCGGCAGUGGAAUGGAUAGCUUCUUCAAUUAUAUUUUCUUUGAUAUAAUACUACAUUUACUUGCAUUGUUUCCUACUGUCCUUAUUUAUAUUUGGACCAUGAAGUCAUUGAUGUUAUUGUGUGUGUGAUUAAUUUCCACUGCUUUCACUUAGCCGUAGUUUGUUUUAGGAUUUUUUUUUGUAGGAAGGAAAUUGUAUGUCAGCAAUUAUUUUCUCUCAUCCUCAAUACACAUCUUCUGUGACUGGAACAGCCAGCAUCUUAUGGUUCCAAGGUCACUGAAGAUUUCAGAAAUCAUUCAGCAAUAAAUCACUCAAAUAAGAUUAUUAAUUUUUAAAUGUUGUGAAAAAUAUUCGAUCAUGAAAUAACAAUUUUCACUAUCUGUGGGAAAUUUCCUUGUAUUUCUCUCCUCUUCUACAUUCUAAGAGUUAAAAAUUGGAGAAUACAAGAGGAAGUUUGUCAGUAACUGUGGUACACUUCCACAAAAACACAUAUUAUGAGCUCACUAGACUGUUUAUGACUCAUCGUUAUGGGACCUCUCAAACCUCAUAUAUGCCACAUAUCCUUGUUGCAGCUCGCUGCUUGCGUUAUUCUUGUUUUCGUAUGUGGAAAAAAUGGUCAAUAUUCAUAAUUAUUUACGAAGUAAUUUAAGAGCAAUACCAAACAUCAGCAGUUUUAUGGCUUUAUGUUUCACAGCUGUGUGGAAGACAUAAUUUUAAUGUUGCAUAUUAUUGAGCAAGGUAAAGAGGGAUAAUGCAAGACAAUUUAAUUUCUUAAUUAAAAUUUGAAUUUGGAAAUAAUGGUUUAAAUUGAAUGAUAGCUCACAGAUUGUGACUGGGAGAAUAAUUGGCAGUGUCAGUAUGCAGAGAGAAGGUUAUGCAAUUUUGAACGAGUUUUCCAAUUUAUUAAGCACCUGAAAGUAAUAUAUGUGUUUUAGGUAAGUCUUUCAUAUGCUUUUUCCUUUAACCUUGAUUUUGCUGUAAUUGAUAUUGUAGAAAUAGUUUGUACAGCUACGAAGUGGCACAUUAAAUCUGGUGAUGAAACUUA